CCUGUACAAGGAGGCCAUGAUGGAGGAGCACCAGCCUCUUAUAUCACAAGCAGAAAAUUCCCAUAAGAAUUCUGAGGGCAACUUCAUGUUAUCACUAAAUUAUAAAGUAGAAGAUGAAGACAUCAUGCAGUGCUCUUCAGGAGAAAACCUUAAUGUACCUCCAGGACAUCACAGUACAGAUCUAUCUUAUAAUCCCCCUGUUCAUGAGGAAUCUUCAUCUAACCAAUCUCAGUUUGCUACCACAUGUGCCAGUCAGAAAGGGGGUGGAAGGUUUCAAGAGAUCACAAAAAGAUCAUGUCUUUCGACAGACAGAAGAAUUCACACACGGGAGAAGCAGUUUUCAUGUCCAAAAUGUGGGAAAUAUUUUGCAUAUAAUUCAGCGCUUGUUCGACAUGAGAGAAGUCACACAGGAGAGAAGCCGUAUUCAUGUUCAGAAUGUGGGAAGUAUUUUGCGUAUAAAACACAGCUUGUUAGACAUGAGAUGAGUCACACAGGAGAGAAGCCUUAUUCAUGUUCAGAAUGUGGAAAAUAUUUUCCAGAUAAAUCACAUCUUGUUAGACAUGAGAGAAGUCACACAGGAGAGAAGCCAUAUUCAUGUUCAGAAUGUGGUAAAUGUUUUGCAGAUAAAUGCUCUCUUGUCAGGCAUGAGAGAAGUCACAAAAAAGAGAAGCCGUAUUCAUGUUCAGAAUGUGGGAAAUGUUUUAAAGAUAAAUCAAAUCUUGUUAAUCAUCAGAGAAUACACACAGGGGAGAAGCCAUAUUCAUGUUCAGAAUGUGAGAAAUAUUUUGCAUAUAAAUCAGAGCUUGUUAGACAUGAGAGACGUCACACAGGAGAGAAGCCAUAUUCAUGUUCAGAAUGUGGGAAAUGUUUUACAAAGAAACUAAGUCUUGUUGCACAUCAGAGAAGUCACAGAGGAGAAAAGCUGUAUUCAUGUUCAGAAUGUGGGAAAUGUUUUACAUAUAGACAGAAUCUUGUUAAACAUGCACUACGUCACACAGGAGAGAAGCCAUAUUCAUGUUCAGAAUGUGGGAAAUGUUUUUCACAAAAAUCAGAUCUUGAUAGUCAUGAGAUAACUCACAGAAGAGUAAGGAUACGAUUACAAUUCCAGAAUUUAGACUUUGAUUUCGAUUCUAAUUAAAGAAUGGCGUUAUUCGAUAACAAAUAAAAUAACACAAAGAAAUACCCACAGUAACCCCAUUUUGCCCAUUAUGUGAAGAGGUACUUGAUCAGGCACUUACUAUUAAUGUGGGGAACAAGGAAGUACAAAUUAAUUGAAGUAAGUGCCUCACAUUAAUAGUAACACGAUCAAAUACCUUCUCACAUAAUGGGCAACAGGAUUAAUAUGUGGAAUUACU